AGCAAAACGUGCUGACGUCACUUCCUGACCGGUAGACGGUAGUUUUGCGGGAAGUUUGGUCCUCGUUCAAUACGCAUUUACAUCCUAUACCUCCAUGUUCAUACGGCUUAACCUACAAUAAACAACAAAGUCAAGAUGCCUCCUAAAAAGAAGGCGGCAGGGAAAGGCAGAGCUCCAUCCAAGAGGCAGCUGGCGGAGGAGUUCCCCCCCGGAGAGGUCCUCACAGACACGGGGAAGAAGUCCUGGAAGCUGGGGGCUCCCAUCGGCCAAGGGGGCUUUGGUCUCUUAUAUUUGGCUCAUGAGAAUUCUGCCAAGCCUGUGGGUGCUGAUGCUCCGUAUGUCAUCAAAGUGGAGCCCAGUGACAAUGGACCACUGUUCUCGGAGCUCAAGUUCUACAUGAGAGCUGCUAAACCUGACCGGAUUCAGAGCUGGGUGAAGUCUCACAAGCUGAACGUUCUGGGCGUUCCAAGGUACUGGGGCUCAGGUCUGCAUGAGAGAGGAGGGAAAAGGUACAGGUUCAUGGUUAUUGACCGGCUCGGCACAGACCUGCAGAAGAAGUUUGAAGAAUGUGGGAGGAGGUUCCCAAGAAAACUGGUUCUACAGCUCGCUCUGCGUCUGUUGGAUAUUCUGGAGUUCAUCCAUGACCAUGAGUACGUUCAUGCUGACAUCAAGGCCUCCAACCUCAUGUUGGGCCACAGUGAUCCAGACCAGGUUUACUUGGUAGAUUAUGGGCUGGCAUACAGGUAUGCACCCGAUAGUGUGAUAAAAGAGUACAAGGAGGACCCCAAGAGAUGUCACGACGGUACCAUUGAGUUCACAAGCAUCGACGCACACAAAGGAGCAACUGCGUGCCGGCGCAGCGACCUGGAGAUCCUGUGUUACUGCAUGGUGCAGUGGCUGUGUGGACGCCUGCCCUGGGAGGACAAGCUGCAGGACCCGCUCUACGUCAGAGACUGCAAAAUCAGGAGUCAAGAAAACAUCUCUGAAUUUAUGAACCAAUGUUUCUCCUCUCAAGACAAGCCAGAGGAGAUCCAGAGGUUCAUGGAGGAGGUGAAGUCUCUGGGAUACCAAGACAAGCCUCCGUAUGAGAAGCUGCGCUCCAUACUGCAGGCCGGCCUCAAGUCCAUCCGGGCUAAAGAUGACGGCACACUCACGUUCCCUGCUGUCAGUGGAGCUGUGUCUCCUGCUGCCAAGAAAACCACUAAGAGAAAGAAAGCCGCAGCUGAAGAAGAGGAGGAGGAGAAUGAGGCCGAUGGACAACCCAUCAAGAAAAAGAGAGUCGCAAAGAAAAAAGAAGUGAACGGGGUGAAGAAGAGUCCCGCAAAAACUAAUGGACCAAAGAAGGUGUGCGGCACUGGCAAAGUGGGGGACGCCAAAUCCAGACUGGUGGAGAUGGGCACCCAGACGUCCCCCGGACUCGCCCUGAGGUCCAGAGGCAGACCCAAGAAAACCAGCGCCUGAGCCCCCCCCCACCUGUCUACACUCCUCCCUCCUGCCUCUCAUCUGCUCCUACAAGAGUCACUUUUCUACUUGUUUCUGGUUUCUAUUUGUUACGCACUAUUACAUGUUGAUUUUAUUUGGUGUCAUUGAAGACAGGCCUAUUGUAAUAAAGAGUAAUUAAAACGUCAA